GGGGUGUGUGGCAGCGAGGGAGGGGACACGGCGCUGAUGUGGCACCGGGUGAGGAGCACCCAUCCUGCCCGUGGGUGCUUCCUCUUCUGCCCGGGGAAUCUCGGGGGUGUGUGGCGGGCAGGGUGACGUGGCAGCCUCUGAGGUGACUCCGGCUGCACCUACACCGGAGAACCAGCCCGGAGGCAUUUCUGCUGCUCCUGCCUUGUGCUCUCCAGCCUCCACCGGAGACGAUGAUUCCCGCGCAGCGGGGAGACCAAGGUCACCGUGCUCAGCCAUGAACAACUCCGUGCUCGGCAGCCAGCUCAGACAGCCCGAGCCCCAGGACACGUCCGCCUUCACGCCCAUCUCCAUCGUCAGGACCGCGACAAAGAAACCGGAUGCUCUGCCCAUCAUCUCAGCCAUUGUUGUCAUCUUUGUCCUCUUGGCCGUCUUCAUCAUUGUUAUCGUGCACUACGGCCCUCAGCUCCGCACCGUGCAGAUCACGCUCCAGCAUGAGCCCAUGCCGCAGGACCUGGACGAUGGGGUGCACCUCACGGACUGGAAGAAGCUGGGAUCCCAGAAGAAGCCGCCUGCACAGCCCUGCCCGCGGGACCUGCUCGAUGUGGAUGUGCCCGGUGUGAGGUGUCAGUGCUCCUGCAAGCAUCACCUGCCCUGCGGAAGCGCUGAGCCCAACGUUAUCGAGAUCACCUACCUGUGACAAGGCUGGUGGACACCUGGGUGCCUCAAGGGACCAAGUCCCACUGGGAAAAUAGCAAGUGGGACGUUAGCUUAGCCUGAGACUCACCAAUUCCACACGUGGAGGUUUUAUCUCCUCAGGUAGAAGGUUGUGUCACUGCAGUGACUGUCAGCCCCAAAAGGCCAGCCCAGGGGGUGACUGUCCCCAGGCGAGAGCUGGUCCCCAGCCCAGGCUCUGGGGCUGGGUCAGCCCAUGUAGGACAGGGUCAGCAUCACUUCUGCUUUUUCUUGCCGUGGUUUUACCCAUCCCAGGCUGCCCAAGGGUGCCCAGCAGAGCUGUCCUGGUGCUCCCCCGGCCGGGGAGCGCUGGGCGUUCGCUCAGCCCCUCGGCAGGAGCUGGAAGGUACGUCAUCUGGAACCACUUUCCAGAUUAAAGAUGUUUCCGUGUGCACUGUGCGCUCAUGAUGCUGCUUAGAUGGCACAGAACAUCUUCUGGCCCCUUUUUCCUGCACCUGAACCCACCUUGGUGUUUCAGUGGUGGAGCCAGGGGCAGAGGACAAUGUGUCCGGUCCCCCAGGGGAGGUGUGUGACAUGGCAGAGGCAGGAGAGGUGACAAUGGCACAUCAGCCACAUCUUGUGUUGUUGGCUGAACUUCUCGAGGUGUUGGCACUGCUGGAGAAACGCGUCCAUCCCUGGACAGAGCCUGCACCAUCACUGUGCACAAUGGCAGGGGUGGGGAGGCAUGAGGUCAUCUUCUUGUGGUCUCCUUGAUUGUCCCUGUAACUGUCUGCUGUCCCUGUGCCAAGGGAUGCUCUGCUCGGGGACCUGGGGACCUGGAUGUUUCCAGCAUUGGAAGCAUGGGGCAUGUCCCAGCGGAGGAGGGAGUGAUGGGAUGGAUGUUGAUGUGGCACAGUCACCCUGGGCAGAAGCUGGUGGAGGUGGCACCGAGGAGCAGAUGAAGGGAUGACACAUCAUCCUGAGCCCCGUAAGGCUCCUGCGGACAGCAGAUCAUGGUGAUCUGCCCAGCCUGGGAGUCUUUCUGCUGUUGGAGGUGCCAGCCACCCCUUGUGAGAAGAAACUGGUCUUGGUUCUCCUCCCACUGUGGCAGCUGGAUAUCUAAGCCUGUCAUCAGAGUGUGGCCUUGGGGGCCCGUCCCUGGGAGGCAGCGCAGCCUCUGGGAUCACCCGCAAGGAUUUAUUCUGCUGAACAGUCCCAGGAGCCAAAACAUGGUUCCCGCCUCUCCCCUCCCCACACGUGAACAGUCCCGCACAGAUACCCCGUGUGCUGUCAGACAAGAGAUGGGACUUUUACCUGUUCCCCCGGGUGCUGGAGCUAUUUCUGACACAGCAGAUGCUCCAGCAUCCUUCCUCUCGCUUAUUUCCAGCUUUUCUCACUCACUUUUAAGCUAAGUAUUGGUUGGACUCGCUGGAAAAUUUUGAAUUUUACAAUAAACAUAAUUUAUAUUACA